AACAGGGAAGGAACCCGCGCUGCGUCUCAUAGCAACUCAAAAAUACAAGAGAGAGAAGGUUGCACAUGCAGCACCAGUCUGCUGUGUGCUGCUGGAUAUGCGGUUUUAUCUUUUAAACAUUGAUACAUUUUAAUUAACGAGUGGAAACGUGUUAAUAUAAUCGCUCGUUUGUUGUGACCGUACUUUGGCAGGCGGUAUUUCUUUUGCCAUUUGGUGCUUUUCUAAAAGAUAAAAAAAAAUAAUUUUGCGCAUCACACCAGCGUAGCUAAUGAGCUAAUUAAAAGUGUCAAAGCUGCCUUUUGUGAUGAAAGUUAAAAUUCGCGUCGUCUUUUAAACGUAAUCUCUCUUAGCAGCGGAACUUAAGUGUUUGCCUUUUGAGUCUUGGUUUCCACUCGGAUCACAUUCUGCAGGGAAAGGAAGGGGAGGCAGGCUUUUGAAUUUUAUGUCAAUUGGUGGGAGCCUACACAACAACACAAAAGUAGGAGCAGAGCAGUUGAAACCCAUCGUUCGAGUGCAAGAAGACAAAAAGAAAGAAGAUGUUUAAAAACACAUUUCAGAGUGGAUUCCUGUCCAUUCUGUACAGCAUCGGGAGCAAACCACUACAGAUCUGGGAUAAAAAGGUGAGAAAUGGCCACAUUAAGCGGAUAACAGACAAUGAUAUCCAGUCGCUGGUGCUGGAAGUUGAGGGUACUAAUGUGAGCACGACAUACAUCACAUGUCCGGCUGAUCCUAAGAAAACACUAGGUAUCAAGCUGCCAUUUUUGGUUAUGAUCAUCAAAAAUUUAAAGAAGUAUUUCACCUUUGAAGUCCAGGUGUUAGACGAUAAAAACGUCAGGCGGCGUUUUCGAGCAAGCAAUUACCAGAGUACCACCCGGGUGAAACCUUUCAUCUGCACUAUGCCAAUGAGGCUCGAUGAUGGCUGGAACCAGAUUCAGUUUAAUCUGUCAGAUUUCACGCGCCGAGCCUACGGCACCAACUACAUCGAGACACUCCGAGUACAGAUACACGCAAAUUGUCGUAUUCGAAGGGUGUAUUUCUCAGACAGACUGUAUUCCGAAGAUGAGCUCCCAGCAGAAUUCAAACUCUAUUUACCUGUUCAGAAUAAAGCAAAGCAGUAACAAAUGGUGAAAUUUUCCAUUCCAUCCCUGCUGUUAAUUUAUCUUCAGAUCUUCCUUCAGAAUGAGAUUAAGACACCUACAUAACACAAACUGAUUUUUAUUGUUUUCCAACCAUGUGUUCACCUCUGUCUAACAUUAUGAAUACCCUGUGCUCAAUAAAAUUUUAUAUAUAAGCA